AUGGCUAUUGUAUUGCAAUAUCUAGCUAUAGUGGCCGUUGCAGAAAAUUAUAUAUUAAUCUUUGAUCUCUUCAUAUUUGUUGGUACUCUAGUGAAUGUUGCUGGAAGCUCAUGCAAACGCCGUGAUUCUCUUCGAGAAAAGCAUGUGGCUAAGAUUAUUGAAGAACUUAAUAGUGGUGUUAUUUCAAGUGGGAGGGGUUUGAAUCAAGAAACCACCCUAAAACCACCUGGUGAUACAAGUUUGAGCUCUUAUUAUGGUACUUUGUUAAGUAUUAUCAACUCAUUUCCAUCUUUAGUUGAAUUGCUUGAAGAAAUAAAAGAUGAUGGAUCAUCUAGUGAUCAAAGGCAAGAUGCAAGCAGGUUGUUAGACUCACUGGAAUCAUUUGACUUUGUAUUUAGUCUACAUUUGAUGAAGAUUUUGUUGGGAAUUACUAGUCAUUUAUCACAAGCAUUGCAAAGAAGAGAUCAAGAUAUUGUGAAUGCAAUGAAUUUAGUUAAAGUUUGCAGGGACCAAUUGCAAAACAUGAGAGACAAUGGAUGGGAUUCUCUUUUAGCUCAGGUUGUUUCAUUGUGCGAGAAGUAUGAGAUUGAUAUUCCUAACAUGGAUGAUGUUCCUAUUAUUCUAGGAAAAUCACGGCGUAGAGCUCCAAAGGUCACUAAUAUGCAUAGAUAUAAGGUUGAAUUGUUCACUGCAGUCAUAGAUAUGCAACUUCAAGAGCUGAAUGAUCAUUUUACAGAGACUACUACGGAGCUACUUCUUUGUAUGUCAUGUCUCAGUUCAGCUAAUUCAUUCUUAGCUUUCAACAAAGAAAAAAUAAUUCGUGUUGUUGAAUUUUAUCCUCAAGAUUUUUCUGCAGUAUCACUCUUGGCUCUUGAAAAUGAAUUGGACACUUAUAUUUCAGAUAUGCGGAGUAGUGAUUUGUUUACAAAACUAAAAGGAAUUAGUGAACUUGGAUGA